ACUUUUAUAAAACCAACCAGGACACUCACUUUCCAUUAUCAACCUUCUCCAAUAUCUUCUCAGCCUCCAUUUGAAUAUUAUCUAAUCUCUCUCUCUAUCUCUAGCUCCGUUUUUGUAUGUUGCAGUUUCUCCGAACUUGUUGAAGAAAGAGUGACUCUCAGCGAUCAUGGGCUAUUGCAUCAACUGCGAUACUCUGUCUUCCAAGGUCGUUCUUUCGCGACCGUCUUCCAUUUUCUCUCGCUCCAAACGCUUGUUUUCGAAACCAAACGGUGACAGGGUCCUUUUCUGCUCCAACGAGCUUCGCAAUAAGAGAAACUUAGCCCCUUUAAGCCUCCGACCAUGGCCGGUUCAGCUCGCUCGGCAUGAGGCGGACUAUCGGACCCGAGUCAGAUCGGCUCAAAGCAAACAAUCGGCCGUCUCCAUCGCCGAUUCGAUACCCAAGUUGGGGAAAAGGACCGACUUGAAGAAGAUUAUGAUAAUCGGGGCCGGGCCCAUCGUGAUCGGGCAGGCAUGCGAGUUCGAUUACUCGGGCACUCAAGCUUGCAAGGCGCUCCGCGAGGAGGGCUACGAGGUCAUUCUGAUUAAUUCUAACCCGGCCACGAUCAUGACGGACCCGGAUUUGGCUGAUAGGACCUACAUUGCGCCGAUGACUCCAGAAUUAAUCGAGCAGGUGCUCGAGAAGGAGCGCCCCGACGCUCUGUUGCCCACCAUGGGCGGCCAGACAGCGCUGAACCUCGCGGUGGCGUUGGCCGAGAGUGGUGCACUCGAGAAAUACGGCGUCGAAUUGAUCGGAGCCAAGCUCGAGGCCAUCAAGAAAGCAGAGGAUAGAGACUUGUUUAAGCAGGCCAUGAAAAACAUUGGGAUUAAAACGCCGCCGUCGGGGAUUGCUACCACGUUAAGUGAGUGCAUCGAAAUUGCGAAAGAUAUUGGGGAGUUUCCAUUGAUUAUCAGGCCCGCCUUCACUUUAGGAGGUACCGGAGGCGGUAUUGCUUAUAAUAAGGAGGAGUUUGAGACCAUAUGUAAAUCUGGGCUUGCAGCGAGCCUGACUUCGCAGAUUUUGGUGGAAAAAUCUCUGCUGGGAUGGAAGGAGUAUGAACUCGAGGUCAUGAGAGACUUGGCCGACAACGUGGUCAUUAUAUGUUCCAUUGAGAAUAUCGACCCGAUGGGAGUUCAUACUGGGGAUUCGAUUACUGUGGCGCCAGCCCAGACAUUGACCGAUAAGGAGUACCAGCGGCUUCGGGAUUACUCCAUAGCUAUAAUUCGGGAAAUUGGGGUUGAGUGUGGUGGUUCCAAUGUGCAGUUUGCCGUUAAUCCUCAAGAUGGUGAGGUGAUGGUGAUUGAGAUGAACCCGAGGGUGUCGCGGUCCUCGGCUCUGGCAUCGAAGGCUACAGGGUUUCCGAUAGCUAAGAUGGCCGCCAAGUUAUCUGUUGGUUAUUCGUUGGAUCAGAUUCCAAAUGACAUCACGAAGAAGACCCCUGCUAGUUUCGAGCCUUCAAUAGAUUAUGUGGUGACUAAGAUCCCCCGGUUUGCAUUCGAGAAAUUCCCUGGUUCUCAGCCAAUACUCACAACUCAAAUGAAAUCUGUUGGUGAGUCCAUGGCAGUAGGCCGCACGUUCCAGGAAUCCUUCCAGAAAGCAGUUCGAUCACUGGAAUGUGGCUACUCAGGAUGGGGUUGUGCACAGUUUAAAGAACUUGAGAGGGAAUGGGAAGAGUUGAAGUAUAGCCUUCGGGUCCCUAAUCCAGAUCGACUCCAUGCCAUAUAUGCUGCAAUGAAGAAGGGGAUGAAGGUAGAUGAUAUUCAUGAGCUGAGUUUCAUUGACAAAUGGUUCCUCACACAGCUUAAAGAGCUGGUAGAUGUGGAACAGUUCCUCCUUGCUCGUAGUUUGUCUGAUUUGACCAAGAACGACUUCUAUGAAGUGAAGAGAAGAGGUUUCAGUGAUAAGCAGAUUGCCUUUGCAACUAAGUCCACUGAGAAAGAAGUCCGAUCAAAGCGUCUGUCUUUAGGAGUGACUCCAGCAUAUAAGCGAGUAGAUACUUGUGCAGCAGAGUUUGAGGCAAAUACUCCUUAUAUGUACUCUUCCUAUGAUUUUGAGUGUGAAUCAGAUCCCACCCAAAGAAGGAAGGUUUUGAUUUUAGGCGGUGGACCAAAUCGGAUUGGUCAGGGGAUUGAAUUUGACUAUUGCUGUUGCCAUACAUCCUUUGCCCUUCAGAAAGCAGGAUAUGAGACAAUCAUGAUGAAUUCAAAUCCUGAAACAGUAUCCACUGAUUAUGAUACGAGUGAUCGUCUAUAUUUUGAGCCCCUGACCAUUGAAGAUGUUAUAAACAUAAUUGAUUUGGAACGACCUGAUGGAAUCAUUGUGCAAUUUGGGGGUCAAACACCGCUGAAGCUGGCUCUCCCAAUCCAGCAGUAUUUAGAUGAACACAAGCCCAAGUGUGCCAGUGGGGCCGGGCUUGUAAGGAUUUGGGGUACAUCGCCUGAUUCCAUAGAUGCAGCUGAAGAUAGAGAGAGGUUUAAUGCAAUAUUGAAAGAGUUAAACAUCGACCAGCCAAAAGGAGGAAUUGCCAAGAGCGACAGUGAUGCCAUUGCCAUUGCCGCAGACAUUGGGUAUCCUGUUGUUGUCCGGCCUUCCUAUGUAUUGGGUGGCCGUGCAAUGGAGAUUGUAUAUAGUGAUGAAAAGCUUGUGAGAUACCUGGAAAAUGCUGUUGAGGUGGAUCCAGAACGACCUGUAUUGAUUGACAGGUAUUUAUCUGAUGCUAUUGAGAUUGAUGUUGACGCACUUGCCGACUCACAAGGUAAUGUGGUGAUUGGUGGGAUCAUGGAGCACAUCGAGCAGGCUGGCGUCCAUUCGGGUGACUCGGCUUGCAUGAUUCCUACACAAACUGUCCCAGCUUCUUGCUUGGACACAAUUAGGUCAUGGACUACAAAGUUGGCUAAGAGGCUGAAUGUAUGUGGUCUCAUGAAUUGCCAGUACGCAAUUACAGUUUCAAGGGACGUUUUCUUGCUCGAGGCAAAUCCUCGUGCAUCUCGUACUGUUCCAUUUGUGUCAAAGGCUAUUGGACAUCCAUUGGCUAAAUAUGCUUCCCUCGUCAUGUCUGGGAAGUCCCUUCAUGAACUAGAUUUCACAAAAGAGGUAAUCCCUAAAUAUGUGUCGGUCAAAGAAGCGGUUCUUCCAUUUGAGAAGUUCCAGGGCUGUGAUGUUUUGUUGGGGCCUGAGAUGCGUAGCACUGGUGAGGUGAUGGGUAUUGAUCCUGAUUUUGCUAUUGCAUUUGCGAAGGCCCAAAUUGCAGCUGGCCAUAAACUACCACUUUCUGGUACUGUGUUCCUAAGCUUGAAUGACUUGACAAAGCCCCAUCUUGAAAGAAUUGCAAGGGCCUUUCUGGCGCUGGAUUAUAGUAUUGUUUCAACUUCGGGGACGGCACAUGUUCUUGAAUUAGCAAAGAUUCCAGUGGAGCGAGUGCUGAAGCUGCACGAGGGGCGGCCACAUGCUGGUGAUAUGCUUGCUAACGGGCAGAUCCAGUUGAUGGUGAUUACAAGCUCAGGUGAUGCACUUGAUCAGAUUGAUGGAAUGAAGCUGAGAAGAAUGGGUCUUGCUUACAAGGUUCCUGUGAUAACAACUGUUCCUGGAGCUUUGGCAACUGCAGCAGCCAUAAAAAGCUUGAAGUCCAGCACUGUUAAGAUGAUUGCUCUUCAGGACUUAUUUGAUGUUGAGGUUAAAACCGAGGGUAGUAAAGAUUUGCAGUCAGCCUCCUCUCUAUAGUUUGGCUAGUAAUUUUUCUGGAUAUAUAUUACCCUCAACAGCUGAUCUAUCAGGCAGGCCUCUGUGCAGAGAUCUCUCUUAAGAUCUGGACCGGAGUAUCUAUUUGAGUUUCUCUCCACCUGAUCGUAGUGAUUCCAGCCGGUGCAGAUGUGGUUGAUAACAUGAUUGAGGGGUUCAGAUUGAAUCUGUGUGCUGCUUGUAAA